GCGGCGGCGGCGGCUCGCGGGGCGGCCCGGGUCACCGCGUAUUGGCUCCUUCCCGCCCUGCCCUUAGUUCCAGAAGUCACCACGCAGCUGCCUCAGAUCUGCUGGCCUCAUCCCUGCAGCCAUUGCAUGAGGGAGUGAUUCAUUAUCCAUUUUCCUCCCAGCACCAAGGAGGAGAUUCAAGCUACCUACCCAGCCAAGUCCAGUAAUGCAGGUACAGGAAGAUGGAGAUAACCUCAUCCCCUUUGCCAAGUCUUCCAGGGUGGUCAGCCGAUAUCCACUGUGCAGCCUGCCUUCCCAGAGCCACAGUCCAGUCCCUCAAUAUUAUGGAGACAACUUCUGGGAGAAUCUUAGCCAAAGGCCUAGCCCCAAAUGGAUGGAGGAACAGUACAUUCCACCAAUACUGAAGGGUACUGGUUGCUCCAAGCCUGGCCUGUACCCUGUUGAGGGGCUCCCACCCCCUGAGAGGCUUUGGAGAAGAAAGAGAAGGAAGUUGGAAAGAAUGCAGCAGGGUCCUGGGAAUGUCCCAGCCCGAGUAAGAGCUGUCACUUAUCACCUGGAGGACCUGAGGAGGCGCCAGAGAAACAUGGAUGAACUGAAGAAGGCCCAGUGGGGUAGCUCUGGGGCUGCAUCUGAGCCCCCAGUGCUUGAGGAAGAGGGCUGUGGAUUCCCCAGCACUACUGAAUAUGCUGACCUGGAAAAGGAAAGAACAACUUGUCCACAGGAAGAGAACCAUUUUGUCACUCCUGCCAGAGCCCAGCUGCUUUGGUCUCCCUGGAGUCCCCUGGGAACUUGUACCUAUGGGCGGCUGAGCUCCCGGGCCUACAGCACCGUUACAGCUAGGAGGAACCCCACCUACAAUCCCUGGAGGAUGGAACUGGAGUCCGAGGAGUAGUAGGAAACCAUCUGUGCCCAGGAUGCUGGCGCUGCCUCAGGGCCCAAGAACAGUUUGUCUCGCCGCGAAAAUCGCCCCAGUGCAGGCUGGCAUGGAGGCAUGUACCUCCCUUUCCAUCCUCUCGUGUUCCCAUCCCACAGCCUGAGCAUUCGCAGUCCUCUUGGGUUCCAAUCCAACUGUAAAACUCCCCAAGCCAGGGUUGUCCCUAGAUGGUGUUCUGACCUUGUGUUCUCUCUGUUCUAUUAUUAAAGAGCAAGCGAAUGAGGA